AUGGCCAAUAGCAGCAAUUCGAGCGGCGAUGAACCUUUCUUGGACUUCCUCAGCGGCCAAGCAGGAGUGGGCCAGAAUAAGCAGGGGAUCGCAGUCAAGGCUUUUGUGCUCAAUAUUGCAACAUAUCUCGUACAAGGCAGACUACGAGUAGAAGCCGUACCCGCGAAUCCGAUCAAGUGGAUCCGCAGGAUCUUCAACAUUGGGGACGAAGAGCUCAAGGCGAAGUGCGGAUUGGAUGGCUACUUCUUUAUUCGACUGCUCCGGGCGAUGAUCAUCAUAUUUGUGCCGUUGAUGGUCAUAAUUGUGACGGUACUGCUCCCGAUCAACUACCACGGAGGGAAAGACAACGGUAUCUUCGACGUGGGUGGAGAGUCCGUGGCAGCCAACAUCACUGGCCUUGACACACUGUCCUGGCAGAACGUUGCUCCAUCCCAGACAAAUAGAUACUGGGCACACCUUGUCUGCGCAGCUCUGGCCAUCUCCUGGACACUUUAUCGAAUCUACCGUGAAAAGCUGAAUUUCAUCGACGUCCGGCAGCGAUUCCUCACAUCUCCGGAGCACAGACUCAAGGCCUCAGCCAGAACGGUUCUCAUCACAAACAUACCAAACGAGUAUCGAAGCAAAGAGGCAUUGGAAGCACUCUACGAUGUCUUUGUGGACAACGACGACCAUAGCAGGCUGACUGCCUGGGUUAACCGAGACUACGGGUCUCUGAGAACCUUGGUAGCUCGUCGUCGAAGUCUUCGUCACGCUCUGGAGAAAGAAGAGCUGAAAAUUCUACGACAUGUCAACAAGAAGCAUCGAAAGAGUGGAGAUGUUACGGCUUCGAAGAGAACUGCAGAAAACACUUCCCAAGAAUCGCUCGCGCCUGAUGACGGAAAUGAAGCACACAGUGAGCAUGACGGGCAAAGUAUCUCCACCGCCUACGAGACGGAUUGCCACGAGAAAGCACAGCUAUGGCGCAAGUACUUGAAGCCUUCGACUGCCUCCAAAAUCUCUCUUAUCCGGGCGAAAGACGGUAAUUGGAAGCCCGCCUCGUCAUUUCAGAUCUGGGCCUCUGGCGAGAAGUUGGUGGUACCGAAGAUUGCCUGGCUGCGCGCAGAGAUUGCUCGCUUGACUGUUCUAAUCGAAGAACUCCUGCUGAAGCUGGAUGACGAGGAGCGAUUCAAGAAACAGAACUCUGCGUUCAUACAGUUCGACAGACAAAUGUCUGCACAUAUGGCUUGCAGUCUGGUCAGUCACAACAGGGCCGGUCGGAUGUCUCCUCGUUUCCUUGAAGUCGCCCCACACGAAAUCAUUUGGCCUAAUAUGGGCGUGACUUCUCUUGGACGUUUCGUCAGGACUGGCAUUGCCCUCGUCUUAUUUGCAGCAAUGUUGUUUCUGUGGGGUAUACCGACCACUGUCCUUGCGUCCAUAUCUCAGCUUGAUACUCUCCGGUCUACCGUUUCCUGGCUCUACUGGCUCCGAUCAUGGCCAUCCUGGGUUAUAAGUCUGAUAUCAGGCCCUCUUACGUCUAUCCUACUUGCUUUGUUGGUUCAACUUGUCGUACCGGCAUUGUUACGAAAAUUGGCAGUUUUGGUAGGCACACCUACGCGUAGUAAGCGUGAGGUUGUCACGCAAGACUUCUAUUUCACCUUCCUCUUCAUCGAGCUUGUGCUAGUCACCGCAAUCUCUUCCGGCAUCGCCAAUGUCAUUCCCCAGAUCGUCAAGGAUCCCCGUAACAUUCCCACAAUUCUGGCCAACGACCUUCCCAAAUCGGCAAAUUACUUUUUCAAUUACCUUAUCGUUCAAUCCCUAGGCUUCAGCGGGAGUGUUCUGUUCCAGUACUUGCGCAUCCUGUACAUCACGGUUAUCUGGCCGUGGUUCACGCAGACUCCCCGGGAGGAAGCGUGGCUCCAAACGACCAUCCCACAUCAGAUGUGGGGUAACGUGUACUCGCUGACUACGAACUUUGCCGUCAUUGGCUUGAUAUACUGCAUUAUAUCUCCUCUAAUGCUCGUCUUCGUGUCAAUCACGUUCUCGCUAUUCUGGGUGGCUUACCGACACAACUACUACUACGUUCAAAGGAACAAAGUUGAUACGCAUGGGUUACUUUUCAACAAUGCGGUUUCGCAGCUGUUCACCGGUAUCUAUGUACUGGAGAUUGCCCUCAUCGGCUUGUUCUUGUUGGUCAGAGACACGCAGAACAAAUACGCAUGUUCGUCUCAAGCCAUCAUCAUGAUAGUCGUCUUGGUCUUGACCGCUGUAUUUCACUUUUUAAUGGAACAGCACCUGCGGCCUCUUUACGAAUUCCUACCAGUCGCUCUGGAAGAUUCGGCUGUCGACGCCGAAAGAGAGCGAUUUCUCAUACAUGAUGACAACGAACCCUCGCGUCAGGAAAGCGGUGAUAGCGACGGUAUUGAAUUAUCGGAAUUGAAUCUAGUAGGUACACUAGACGGCAGUGUGGACGAUCCGACGAAGAAGAGAGCGAGUCGUGUCCAAAUGAAAAGCAUGUCUGCAACAGCAGCCAACGCGAGGAAAGCACUGUCAAGGUUGAAAAAGGAGACUGCAGCAAGGGUCACAGAGAUGCAUGCUUAUGUCGCCGAGCCGAUCGUCAGGUCGAGGCGACAGGAAGUUGCUGACCAGCUAGCAGCAGCACUUGCCGGCUACCCUGAUGAAUUGACGGACUUGUCCCCUGAUGAGCGAGAUGCGGAGCUCAAAGCUGCCUUUCAGGAUCCAGUGACCAGAGAGCCAGCGCCCGUCAUAUGGAUCCCGCAGGAUCCCGCGGGCAUCUCAGAAGACGUCAUCAAGCAGACUAUUAAAUACGGUCGCUACCUACAAUACAGCAACGCUGGAGCAUACUUGACUACUAAGAACAAAUGCGAGGUCACGCAGCCUGCGCCGGACGUGAGACCGGAUUGGCUUCUCGAGUGGGGGCUAUGA